AUGGGUCUCGCUGUUGUGACACGUCUAAUUCUCCUCUAUAGAAAGGACAGCAACAUUCCAUCCAUCUGGAGCCCCGCGCAUGCAUUGGCUUGGCACCUUGGAGAAGACUUCAGAAAUGAGCCAGCUGCAUGGGCAACUGCAAAAUGUAUAGAGUGGGACAGAAAGGAAGAGAAGCUUCCAAAUUUCAUGGAAGAAAUUAUAGAUUGUCCUUGCACCUUGGCACAGGCAAGAGCUGAUACUGGCAGGUUCCACACAGAUUAUGGCUGUGACAUUGAAAAGGGAAGUGUGUGUACUUACCACCCCGGCGCUGUGCACUGUGUAAGGGCCGUUCAAGCCAGCCCCCAGUAUGGAGCAGGACAGCAGUGCUGCUAUGACUCCACAGGGACCCAAAUCCUCACACAAGACUCCACAGGAGGCAGCACACCUGACAGAGGCCACGACUGGGGAGCACCACCUUUCCUGAAGCCUCCCCGGAUACCUGCCUUUUCCCAUUGGCUUUAUGAUGUUAUCAGCUUCUACUACUGUUGCUUGUGGUCUGAUAAUUGUCACUUCUAUAUGAAAAACCGCCCCUCUAGUGACUGCAGGACAUACCGCCCACCCCGAGCUGCAUCUGCCUUUGGGGAUCCUCACUUCCUCACAUUUGAUGGUCUGAACUUCACUUUCAAAGGACAAGGGGAAUACACAUUGGUAGAAUCUGAUCUCACAUCCUUAAGGGUGCAAGGGAGGACCCAGCAGGCACGCUUUCCCAAUGGAACUCAGGCUCAGGUGACAGGCCUGUCUGCAGUGGCCAUGCAGGAGAACAACUCUGAUGUGAUUGAAGUACGCUACUCAGCAGAUUUGAAUUUGGAAGUCUUGUUGAAUCAGAAAGUGGUCAACUUCUCUGAGCAAAGUUGGUUGGAUCUGGAAGGUCUCUUUCUUCAUUCUACGGCUGAUCAGAAAAUUACAGUGAUGUUCUCUUCUGGGUCUGGAGUGGAGAUUAGGGGAAGUGGAGGAUUUCUGACCCUGACAGUCCUGCUCCCAGAGAAGUUUAUUAAUCACACACAGGGUCUCUUUGGGGUGAUGAAUGGUAACACAGAGGAUGAGUUUACCUUCAAGAAUAAAACAAUCAUGUCGGUUCAUGCGAGUCCCCAGCAGUUGUUUGAGUUUGGAGCUAAUUGGGCUGUAGAAAAUGGAACUUCUCUCUUUACUUAUGACACAGAGAUCUUACUGAACGAUUAUUUUUAUGGGGAAAAGCACAAUGCCUCCUUUCUGCCAGUGUUCUAUCCUUACGAAGACCCUGCUGAUCCCUUGGUGGAAGAGAUGGUCUCACUCUGUGACUCAGACCCAUUCUGCAGAUUCGAUGUCCUGACAACAAGAAGUCUUCAAGUGGGAAAUUUCACAAGGCUAUCUCAUCAGAAUCACAAGCAGCUGGUAGAAAGUCUAGAGCCAGUGAUUUCUUGUGGCUGGCUGGAUCCCCCAACCAAUGGAAGAAAGGAUGGAACUAACUACCUACUGGGCUCAGCCAUCCAUUUCACCUGCAACCAGGGCUAUGAACUCACUGGAUCAAAAGAAAGAAUCUGUCAAUCAACUGGAGCCUGGUCUGGGGACUCACCUGAUUGCCUGGAGGGUUCUCAAGACUCUUGCUCAAGCCAGUGUGGGAAGCUGCUCGGUACCUGUUCAUGCCAGGAGAUUUGCCAGUCCUUGGGGACUUGCUGUCCUGAUUACAAUGAAUUUUGUCUUCAGAUUUCUCCAUACUCAGGAUCUCUGAUGGGAGGCAAAGAUUUUUUGAUAGAAAAUACAGCUUUUAAUACUUCUGUGUUAAUGUGCAGAUUCAAGCAGCAAGUCAUAACCAGUGGCUAUGUCGAUAAGGAUGGAAAAGCCCACUGCCUCUCCCCAUUGCUGUUUGAAACUGGUUUCAUCCCCUUUGAAGUUUCUACAGAUGGCGGGCUGACAUUUCCAUACUCUGGAACUUGGUUAUCAGUACAUCACAGCAAGGUUUCGACUGGAGAAGAAUGCACGUUGGUUAAUGAGACAAAAUGGCAAUACUAUGGCACUCCUGGCACAGAUGGAAACUUAACUCUGACCUGGAUACACCAGGCACUUGCAGCACCCCACAUCAACAUAGAAGUCUGGGGGUACCAGGAAACAGGUGACAGUUACUCAGAAAACUGGCUUGCCGAAUGGAAAUAUCUUUAUACUUUGGCAAGAGAAGCUCCCAAUACAGGGACAUUUUCUUUCAUUCCUGUACCUGCUGAAGCAAAUUACAAUACUUGGGACUUUGGAAUUUUGAGAAUUACUCCCAGCACCUAUUCUGAUGGGCAAAGGCAAGUACAUGACGACAUUCAUUUAUCAUAGGUACCCUAUUAUUAC